AUGCUUAUCCCGUCAUCUAUCGGAAACCACCAGAUGCUUGUGGCUUAUCACUUAGUUUCAGAUGUUCGCAGUGUCUUAUCCAACAUGACGCGCGACAGUUACGAGAUGGAAAACAACCGGCUGUCGAGAGGCGGCUCCCUCUUCGGUGGCGACCCUCAAUUACAGCUGAGGAAAGCUCUCAAGAACAACGACUACAUUACAUUCAAAAAGCUGGUCAGUUACGGGGCCGUUGACCUCGAAUACGUUUACCCGUACCCAGACUACAAAACAUGCCUCGAGUUGGCCGUCUCGGAGCCAGACAGGCAAGAGUUUGUGAAGCUGCUGCUGCAACACGAGGUACAAAUCAACAAAGUGAAUGAUAAAGACGGUAAAGCACCCAUACAUCUGGCCGUCGAAAACGGGAAUCUUGACGCGCUAACCGCUUUAUUGGAAGACGACAGAAUCGAUGUUAAUAUUAAAUGCAAAGCGAACACCGCGUUGCUAAUGGCUAUUAAAGGGAUACAAGAUUUGGAUGACAAUAGAGAACAAAGAUUAUCGAUAUAUGAAGACAUGAUAGAAUUACUUUUAAAGGCUGGCUGCAACGCGAAUGCCCCUGACCUCAAAGGCGUAACGCCGAUUUAUUCCGCUGCAAAACAAGGCCUUGAGCGGGUUAUCAUGUUAAUCUUAGAUUACUCCAAGGAUACUAUUGACCUGGACAGUUAUAAGGAUAUUAGAGGUCGAACUUCAAGAUUUUAUUUGAAUGACGCGUUUCCCCAUCUUUUAGCGAAGUUCGAUACGGCAUCUAAACAAGAAGAAAUUAUUGACGUUGAUAAACUAUUCUCCCACUUAAGCAGACAUGAAGAAGAUAACUUCAUUCGUGACUAUACUAAGUUAGUGAAAAAGAACGAACAUCGUGUUGCAUUGGCAGCUAACAACGGCAUGCAUACAAUGUUACAAUUGAGCACUGACAAAGGCCUGGAAAAAGUUGUAGCAGCGCUGUUAAAUUCUGGGGCUGAUCCCAACGCCACCUGUUCUGGGAACACCAUCCGUCCAAUAGCCAUUGCAUGUCAAAACGGAUUCUACAAAAUUCUAAAACUGUUCAUUGACAACGAAUCGACUCUCUUUGAACCUGUCAAUAACGAGUCACUUUUGCAAAUAACAAUACGGGGAAUGAAAUCAAGCCGUGAAAACUCUAAAGUUAAUUUCAGAACUUGUUUGGACUUGCUGCUGAAGAAUCCGAAAAUAAACAUUAACAUAAAUUAUUCGGAUAUAAAAAACAAUACAGCUUUACAUUACGCCGCAAGGAAUGGCGAUAGCGAUAUCGUAUUAGAGUUACUAAGAAGUGGAGCUUGCGUCGGUCUACGUAAUAAAUUUGAUGAGCCGCCCUUGGCAGAUAUAAACGCAAAAACUUUGGAAACUUACCUUGAUGAAUGUAUCACGAGUAACGGCGAACGGCCCAGCGACGACGACUACGAAAUCCACAUGAAAUACAGUUUCCUUGUUUAUCCAAAUAACUCAUUGGAGGAUGAAUUAUGUCGCGUGCCUCUAAUGGAUAAUAAAAACAACAAUGUCAAAGAAUACGAUGCAAUAUUGGCGCCAGAAACUGAAGCGCUUCUUUACAUGACAAGGAAUGAGGAGUUGCGCCCCCUAUUGAAACAUCCAGUGAUAACCAGUUUCUUAUAUUUGAAAUGGCAACGGAUAAGCUGUUUGUUCUAUGCCAACAUCACGUUUUAUUCGUUGUUGUGGUUGUCGUUGAUUGUGUACAUCAUACUGGGUUACAGCGUUGAAAAGGAACAAUCGAAAUCAUACGAAGCUUUAAACGUUGUGACACAUAUUGGCGCUAUCAUUGGAUUAAUUCUUCUGAUAUUCCGAGAAUUAUUUCAACUGCUGGUAUCGCCAAUAAGAUACUUGCAAAGCGUGGAAAACUGGAUGGAAAUAUUUCUCAUAAUCGUGACCGCGUGGAUUGUGGCCUUCGAUUCGUCGGAAGAACCAACAAGGCAGCAGCUGUCAGCCAUAGCUAUUCUGUUAUCGUCUGCUGAACUAGUGUUAUUGAUAGGGCAGUUCCCCACGCUGUCAACAAAUAUUGUCAUGCUUAAGACCGUAUCUUGGAACUUCUUUAAAUUUUUACUCUGGUAUUGUAUUCUUAUAAUUGCGUUUGCACUUAGCUUCUACACUUUAUUCCGUAAUGUCUCCGAAGGCGAUGAUCACACGCCUCCGAAUCCAAAUAAUGGGGUAAAAGAAGUUGAAGAUGAUGAAGAGGACUUUUUUGAGGAUCCCGGCAGAUCCUUGUUCAAAACGAUAGUAAUGUUGACCGGAGAGUUUGACGCCGGUUCGAUUAAAUUCAGCACUUUCCCAAUUACGAGCCAUGUAAUAUUCAUUGUUUUCGUAUUUAUGAUACCUAUAGUGUUGUUUAACCUCCUGAAUGGUUUAGCUGUCAGCGACACACAAGAGAUAAGAGCUGACGCAGAGUUAGUUGGACAUAUUUCACGUGUUAAAUUGAUAUCAUACUUUGAAAGUGUAUUGAUUGGUAAGGCGUAUUCGAAGCCAUCAAAAAUUUGGUCCUGGCUACCGCCGUACCUUCAAGAAUUGCAAAUCUACAUUCAAUACCUAAAAAAGUACGGAGCUGUGAGCCGUCCCCCCUUGAUAGCGAGACCCCGAGUGGCAGGCAUGAGGGCGGCUGAUGCUGCACAUGGGUGGGACUCG